AUGUAUGAACCUUAUUUUAUUAUUUGCAGGUACCUCAACGGCGAAAUCUUUAUCUUUGGAAUCGAAGCUCUACGAGAUCUAAUGAAUACGCGAUUCUGGGAUCAGACUGGUUCAUUUCCUCGAGUUGCCCUCUGCGACUUUGAACUACGACAAAUGGGUAGUAAUCAGCAUCGCUACACCAUUCAGUGUGUUCUUCGUAUAAACAUCUUCAACGAGAAGAUCUACAUCUUUUUGUGGUUCUGGUUCUUCCUGGUCAGCGUACUAAAUCUGCUCAGUCUCCUCAAAUGGUGUUAUAAAAUUCUACUGAAAUCCGUUCGAGUACUGUUCAUUCGAAAUCUCAUAUGCAUUUACUUCAACAUCCAUGCUUCUAAAUGCCAACUCCCGUCCAGCGAUAAAGAGAAGCAAAAGAGUCAAAUCGCCAUCUCGGACAUCUUUAAAACCAAAGAAGACAUGCAAGCCUCUCAAGUCUUUUCUGAGGACAUUCUCGGUCAAGAUGGUGUCCUUCUUCUCCGCUUCAUAAAUAUGAAUGUUGGCCCAUCAUCUGCAGCUGAACUAGCUGGUGUGAUCUGGAUCAAGUAUCGCAAAACUGCAGCUUCAAUAAGUGGAACAACUGCAUCCGGGUUGGAGGAUUUCGUCUUUGCUAACUUAACUGCAAAUGACAGUGAACGACCCCCUGCAGUACCACCCAAACGACGCAGACAUACUCCACAAAAAAAGCUAAGAAUAACCAACUUAAUUCCUUUGAAUACUUUAAUUCAUCGGAACAAAUAUCGUGAUGACAAUGAGAGUGACAGAUCUUCAGAUUCCUCUCGACCGACUAUUGAAAUGCUUCAGGAGGGCAAGAGGUAUAAAAUGCUGUCUCGAAGAAGAGAGCAAUACCUUACGGAUGACGAAGGCAGAGACGGUCAAAUGUCCACUGUACCUGAAGAUUAUGCUCCGGAAGAAUUUAUGGACAAUCACGACAUCCUUGACACUGAUGUUCCUCAAGAACAGACAGAUUUGAUGUCGGAAUAUAGGUCUCUUGAUUACUAUUAG